AUGGAUGAAUGUCCAUUAACAUUUGACGGAGCAUAUGGUCUUACUCAAGCCAAUCAUUCUAUUGAAUUUUGUCAAUAUGAAAAAGUUUGUGAAAUCCGAUUUUAUGAUCAUUUCACUAAAAAGCAUAAAUUAAAAGACGUUUGUGUUAAACGUUUAAUAGAAACUGUUGUUGAUAAUCUCGAUCCUAGAGCAACAAAAUUAUUUAAUGAAAAUGAAAAUAUAAUUGAUUAUUUUAGGAAAGUUCCUUGUCCUUUUAUAAACGAACCAUUUGACUUCUAA